AUGACUUUCUCAUGUGUUGCGUUGGUGCGUUUGAACGCUACUCAAAUGACGAUUUUCGACUCAAAACAACAUGCUCUUGUGGCUAUAUCGCGUCAUACACGGAGUUUCGUCUACUGUCAUCCUGGUCGUUCGGAUGCGGUAACAACGCUCAUUCGAUCAGUUGUUGCGAAGCGUGAUUUGACUAACAUUCGUUUAGCCAACCAGUUGGCACAACGGGUCGUUCUGGCCGACGCUGCGAAAGAUGAAGUGGUACCAAAUGUAGUUGUUGCCUAUAAACCUUUGCAAUAUGCACAGGUUUUUCAACCAAUUGAGCGGCACGAGAGCUUGCGGACUGAACAACUUGAGUCUAUCGCGCAAAACAUAUUGACAGUAGAACAGGCACUUAGUCUUCCUGCGACCGUAAAUGAUCAGAUGGUUCCAAUUAGUGUCUUCGAUUCAUAUCUCGUUCCUGAUAAACGUCAGCAGUAUGGAUUUACAUCAAUUCGACGAAAUUCAAAUUGA